AUGGUGUUAGCUUCCAUCGUCGGUUUAACAUUGUUAUCAAUAUUCACACUGAGUGUAUCUUGCGGUCGAACUAACAAAACUGUAAUAGACAGUGAUCCAACUGAUAACGCCCGACGGCUGGUUUAUAAUUUUCUCAACGAAACGGAAAAUAAAAUUAUUCCCGGUCUUGUGAUCAGUGUAUCCGUCAGAGGUGAACAGAAAUGGUUGGAGGGUUUCGGCGUAGCUAAUAUCGAGCACAAUAUUCCUAUGACGGGCGAUGCAAUGAUGCAAAUUGCUUCCAUUACAAAAUCAUUUACCGUUGGCUUGGCGUCUCGUUUGAUGCAGGAAGGAAAACUCGAUUUCGACGUGCCUAUCAAGGAGUAUUUACCGUUUCAUCAAGAUGUUCCCGAUAAGAAAUGGAACCACAAAAUUGCGAAUGUCACUUUGCGGCAACUUCUCCAAAUGACGGCUGGAAUUCCGGAAUCACCGGAAGACGAUGAAAUCGGAAAAUGUCUUCGAUGUGCAAACCAAACAGAUCGCCUGAUCCUGAUGCGAGACAAACAGUUGGAUUUCGAACCGGGAACGAAUUUCACUUAUUCUAAUUAUGGAUAUGAAUUGGUUGGUGCGGUCAUCGAAUCCGUUCUUGACGCAAAUAAGACUUUCGAUGGAGCGAUGACGGAGAUGAUUAGAAAUAUUUUUAAUUUGAACAAAACGUCGAUGAUCUCUCCAGAAAUGCUGAUACCGAACAUUGCAUCGUACUAUUAUAUCCAAAACGAGACCAACAGCAUCGUCAACAGUGGAAUGUGGGGAGAGCUAUUCUUAAAUGAUUUGCAUGCCGCUGGUGGAAUCAUGAGCACAAUGACAGAUGUGGUAACAUAUGGUCAGAUCUGGUUGGAUGCGUAUUUUGGACGAAGUGAGCAUUUCCUGCAACAGGCCUCAGUCAAGAGUGCUUGGACACCGACGACUGUCAGUUCUUUACCUUACGGUAUGGGUUUUGUGAUUCAAAAUGCUACUGCAGACACACCGAACGAUAAACACGUUAUUUGGCAUGAUGGUGGAAGCUUCGGUUGUAGUUCAAUGCUUGCCAUCUAUCCAGAUACAGAAGUAAUCGUUGCCGCUUCGGUAAAUAUGGGAGACCGUUCUGUGAGAAGCUUCAUAUUAGACAGCAAUUUUGAUGAUCUAUUUGCAAACAUUGUUUAA